AUGCCGAUAGAUGUCCAAAGGUUAGACAGCUUUAGCAUCGGUGAUGAUCCUAAAUCAGUGGGUGAUUCAUUGCAGGACGCAAUUGAAGGGCUCACAAAUUAUUUUGCUCCUCAAGCAAAUAAAUACUUUGAACGUUAUCAGUUCAUAGAAGCAUCACAGGAAACAGGUGAGACAAUAGAUUCUUUUGUAACUAGGUUAAAGAAAUUAGCUUCAACUUGUGAAUUUGGAGAUCUAGAAGACAGGUUAAUAGAGCAAAUUAUAGUAAGGAGUAACUCGCAAGAGCUUAGAAAGAAGUUGCUGCAAGAAAAGAAGUUAAACUUGCAAAAGGUUCUGGAAAUAGCAAGAGCAAUAGAAACUGCUAAUUACCAGUCCAAUGUCAUUGUAGGUAAGACUCACAAUAACAGCAGUAGCCAGGUAAAUCAUAUAUCCUAUAAAAGGAGUUACCAACAUGCAAAGAAAGGGCAAACAAAUGAAACGAGUAAGCCUAGCCCAGGUAUAUCCAAGUAUAACAAGGGUAAACCUAAUGCAUACUCAAAGAAAAUUCAAAGUCACAUAGGGACACAAAAACCUCAAAAGAAAUCGUGCUAUAGAUGUGGUAAACAAGAUCAUUAUAGCAAUGAUUGGGAUAAGUGCCCAGUGUCAGGUCAGACGUGCAACAACUGCAUGAAGCGUGGUCAUUUAACAAGUCAGUGUAAAUUUGCUAAGCAAAAGACCACAAAACAGAUCAAUAGAACCAUAAAUUCAAAUGGCGGCUCUAGUUCAAAUGAAAGUGUACAUAAGACCACAGAAGUAGAACAAUUUGCAUUUCACAUUAAUUCUGUGAACAAAGAUGCACAAGAACGUCUUAUGGCUCAAAUAGAAAUAAAUGGGAAACUCACACCCAUGCAAAUAGACAGCUGCGGAUUAUUUGAAGACAGAGUAGGAACAGUAAAGAAUGCACAAGCAGUCUUAGUUUUAAAGGAGAAUGUUACUCCUAGAUUUUCUGCUCCAAGACCAGUUCCAUAUGCAUUGAAAACAGCUGUGGAAAUUGAUAUUAGGAGGUUAGAAAGUGAAGGUUCAUGGGAAAAGGUAGAUUAUUCAGAUUGGUCUACGCCAUUAGUUCCAAUUGUUAAGGACAACGGUCAAGUUAGGUUAUGUGGAGAUUACAAGGUGACAUUAAAUCCACAAUUGCAAGUAGCACAACAUCCAUUGCCAAAUUCUAAAGAUAUGUUCGCAACUUUGUCAGGAUGCUCAGUAUUUUCGAAGAUAGGUCUUAGACAAACAUUUCAACAACUUUCCAUGGAUGAGAAUUCCCAAAAGCUAUGUACUGUAAACACACAUUUAGGGCUGUAUCGUCCAAAAAGACUUCCUUAUGGUGUUGCUAGCAGUCCAGCAAUAUGGCAGCAAACAAUGGACAAAAUAUUUGCAGCAAAAAAAGAGCAUAGAGAAAGGUUACGUGGAGUUCUAAAGAAACUAAAGGAACACAAUAUCAAGGUCAACCAGAGUAAAUGUAUUUUAGAAGUUGACUCUGCAGAGUAUUUAGGCUUUAUUGUAAAUGGUAAAGGUAUUCAUAAGACUCAAGAUAAGGUAAAUGCAGUGCCGUCAGCAAAAUUACCAGAAAAUGUCAAGGAAUUGCAAUCAUUUUUAGGUUUAGUAACAUUCCAUGGAAGUUUCAUUCAAAACUUAGCAACAAUUGCUCACCCAUUAUACAAUUUGCUGAACAAAGAUGUAAAAUGGAAUUGGGCAAAGGAAUGUCAAAAUUCUUUUGAAAAAAUCAAAGCAGAAGUGACAUCACCCACAUUCUUAGUACAUUAUCAAAUGGAUUUGCCAGUAAAGUUGGUUUGUGAUGCCUCAAACUUAGGAUUAGGUGCAGUACUAGCACAUGUAAUGCCAGAUGCUAAGGAAAUAGCACAAGGUACAAAGAAAAACCCAGUGCUUUCAAAAGUAGUGCAGAAUCUAAUAACUGGCAGAAAUAUUUGUGAAGAAGAUGCCAAUUGUAAACCAUACAAAGUAAUUUGGAAUAAAUUGAGUGUAACACAAGAAUCUAUUUUCAGAGGAUCAAGAGUAGUGAUUCCAAAUGCAUUAAGGAAUAGAGUUCUAUCAGAAAUACAUGCAGACCACCAAGGUAUUGUCAGAUCAAAGUCAAUUGCUAGAACUUAUGUUUGGUGGCCAGGUGUUGAUAGGGACAUUGAAAAUUUGGUUAAGAAGUGCAUGAAUUGUGCAUUGCAACAGAAUAACCCAAAACCAACAAGAAUGCACCCAUGGGAAUUACCCAGAUACCCGUGGCAACGUGUACAUAUAGAUUUUGCAGGUCCAUUUUUAGGAUACUCAUAUCUGAUAUUAGUAGAUGCAUAUAACUUAAAUAACUCAGAUGUGCAAACUGAUCACCAAGAUGUUCAACCACCAACUGUAAACAGAGAGGAAAAUCUUGCAAAAGCUCAGAAAGUAGCGGAGAUUUCAAGAAUUAAUGUACAAAUAGUUGAGGAUGAAGAAGAAGAGGAAGAGGAAGAAGUAGAAGAGGAAAACGGAAGAGAAGUAAACAAAACUGAAAUGACAGAAAAAAAUAAGGAAAACAAAGAACAAGAUAAAGGGGAUGUGUUUGGUGAUGCUAAUGGUGAUGAUACUGGGGUUAUGGGGAGUGGUAAUAUUAAAACCCACACUGGUGAUACGGGAGAUAUUUACGGGGAUGCAAUGCGGCAUAUUGGAGUUCACGGUGGUAACAAUUUUGGUGAUGAUAUAAAAAACCCACACUGGUGA